GUGUGUGUGUGUGUGUGUGUGCUGAUACAUUGAGGAGGUUAGGUUCUCGGCGUAAAUUAAAAUAAUGGAUACAUCAAAUCGUCAGCUGAAGUGCGGACACUGUACAUGGCAAUUGAAUAGUCAUUGUCAAAAUUUAUGGGAACACCAGUGCUUUGCAGACUUCAAUGAGACUAAAGAUCUACUCAAUGUUGAUCAAAACUCAAUUGUUACUAUCGUAAGAAACGGAAAUACGAUGCAUCAAGAGCAGCCACAGCCAUCAACAUCGGCCCAUAAUGACAUUGAUGAACUUUUAAUAAUGGCUGUCAUGGAAAGACCAGCAUUAUUUGAUCAUAGGAUUGAUAUACGGGAGCGAUCAAAAUUGAAAAAAAAUGCAUUAUGA